CCCCUGAAUUCCUUUUUCAUACCAUACCCCUCGUAUUUGCUUAAUUUAUACUUUCACCCCCCCGAUUCCUUCAAAUUAUUUCUUGGGAUUGAUGGGUCCGCUGGAUUGCCUUCCAUACCAGUAAAUAAGAAUUUUAUGGAGAUCCAAACCUCUCUAUUUUAAUUUUAAAAGAAUUAAUUAAUUAAACAAGAAUAAAAAAUCCCACUGACUUAAGACUUUCCAUAGAAAAUUUUAAUUCCAAAAAGACCCCUACUCUUUAAAAAUCUUUAUGUUUUUUCCUCCUUUGACCACAAAACACAAAGAAAAGAGAGAAAUUUGUACAUGGAUUGAGAUAUGACAGCUCUCUGUUUUUUCUCGUUUUUCGUUUCGAUUUUAUGACCUUACUCCACUUCACUUCCUCCCCCAUUUCUGGCCGGCGAUGGCCGUAGUCCUCCUCCAUCACCACCAUAACCACCACCGUCGCCGCUGUCUUCCUACCCUUUUUCUCUUUGCCGUCGUUCUCCUCCUCCUCGCCUCCGCCAUUGCCGCUCGCCCCACCCCCAUCAAGGAAACACAGUUGCCGACCGGAGGAGAGGAGCGAGUUGUGACACGGCGGAGACUCAGCGGGCCAGGGUCAUCACCUCCUACUUGUAGAUCGAAGUGCGGCAGUUGCACGCCCUGCACGGCGGUGCACGUGCCAAUUCACCCAGGACUGAGUUUACCAUUAGAAUAUUACCCAGAAGCUUGGCGGUGCAAAUGCGGCAACUCGCUUUAUAUGCCAUGAAAUCUUAGGGAAGCUCUGUCACAAAACACUCUACUCUUUAUUCCUUUCUUCUUCUUCUUCUUCUUCUUCCUCUUUGUCAAAUAUAUUCCGCUUGAUUUUUAUGCCAAUCUUGGUCACUUCAAUGGAGGAUUUUAUGAUUUCUUUUUUGGGUUUCAUAAUGUCUAUAGGGUACGGUCUUAUCAAAACUCCAAAUCGUUCAUUGAUUUUUGUUUCGCUGCGUUGGGAAAGUAAUUUAAUGACCUUUGGAAAUACAAUAGUUUUUCUUUUUCUUA